UUUUGUUUGUUUAUUUGUGUAAGAUGUAAUUUAGAUUAGCAUUUCAAAAUUGUGCUGUGAUCUUUAUUUAUAUUCAGUAUUCUUGGCCCUGCAUUACUUAAUUUGUCAAUUUUAUUCUGUACUAGUUUUAGUGUUUAAUUGUUAUCAAUGGAUGAUAAAGAACUGGAAGAAAGGUUGGCCCGAUUGAGAGGCCUACCUGCAUCACGAAAAUCUGAUCCUCCAAUCACCGUAAUAAUCAACAAACAAGCCAGUAAAACAGAGACUGAACAAUCGGACGAGCUAUUGAAGAGGAUGAUGGCUGAAGCAGUUCUUGAUCAAACUCAUCGACAAUCACGGUUGACCAAACAAAAAUCAACAGACGAGGAAAUAGCAGAUAGGCUUGCAAGAUUAAGAGGAAUCUCUAAUCCAGUUAGUAAUAUUCCAAUAGUUGAGGAUCCACCACAGCUUGAUUCGGAUGAGGAAAGUGAUCUCUUGGUAGAAAAAAUCAUGUCUGAGACUAAGCUUCCUGAUUUAUCACGUUUACCUUCAACCUUGGGUAUCAGUUCACAAGACCAAAAGCCUUCGGAACCUAAUUCUGAUGAAGAAGAGUUGCCGUGGUGUACUCUUUGCAACGAAGAUGCUGUAAUAAGAUGCUAUGGAUGUGAAAACGAUCUUUUCUGUCGAAGUUGUUUCAAGCAAUUCCAUAGAGAUUCUGAUAUGAAAGGACACAAAACUGUCGGCUUUUCUAAAAAAAAGAAUUCCGAUGACUGAUGAAUCUUGAUGCUUAGUCAAUCGCUACCAAAAAUCUCUUGGUCUGAAAUUCUUUCUCAAUAUUAGAUGAUCCCAAUUUUCAUCGCCAUCAUGCCUGUUUUCUUUGUUAUGAACCAUUCCGGGUACAAAAUUGUAAAGAUUAUUCUAAAGCUUUCUCUCGACACUAUUUUCUUAAAUUUAAUAUCCAAUGUUGCCUGCUCAACACUUUCUGAUCUUAUUCAAUUUUGCAUUUUUACCUACGAAGCUUGUUUUACAUCGUAAAAGAGGUAUUUGAAUUUCCAUUUAAAUCUCCUUAUUAUUCAGUAUUACUAAGAAGCAAGUUUACAUGAGGUGAUAUCCAUGAAUCUUUUGUUGCUUUCUAUUGAAUGAUUAAUUUAUAAUAUUUUUAAGGUAUGUCUUAUCUUGUUGAAACUACUGAGUUUGAAUCAAUUUGAUCGAUUGGGUUACACAAUCACCUAGAUCGACAACCGCUGCUUAGCUUUAAUAUUUAAUCAAUUCAAAAUUUAUAAUUUAGAUGAAUUAAAAAUGAAAUUUUAAUUUAACAUAA